CUGUUGACUUGGAGCAAGGCAAAACCUAUACGGCUGUAAAAUGUUUAAUGUUGGACCAAAACUCUUUUUGCUUUUUCUUAUUGCUUUUCCAUGUACGCUGAUUUCAGUCGGGAGGGUGUCAGCUCAGAGUGACCCCUUGGAGGAUCACAUCCCAGAUUCGUCCGUUGAGGACGAAGAGGAGGAUGAAGAGGAGGUGUUGGCUGACGAGGCCCAAGUCUCAGACUCAGACACAGAUGAUGAUGCCGAUGAGGAUUCAACGGGAACAGAUGUGACCUCUCACCCUGAUGCGGACACCACGAUCAUUUUUGUCACUGGGGAAGAGUUCCCAGCCAAUGAAAUUGUGAAGUUCCUGGUGGGUUUCACCAAUAAAGGAAGUCAGGACUUCAUUGUCCGGUCACUGGAGGCCUCCUUCCGUUACCCACAGGACUACCAGUUUUACAUUCAGAACUUCACAGCCCUGCCCUUGAGCACCGUGGUCCAGCCCCAGAGACAGGCCUCCUUUGAGUACUCCUUCAUCCCUGCACAGCCAAUGGCUGGCCGCCCUUUCGGACUGGUCAUCCUGCUCAAUUACCAGGACAGUGAGGGUAGUGUUUUCCAGAAUGCCAUAUACAACCAGACCGUCACCAUCAGCGAGCUGGAUGAGGGACUUGAUGGAGAAACGAUGUUUAUGUAUGUGUUCCUUGCUGGACUGGUCUUUCUGCUGUUGUUUGGCAUCUACCAGGUGCUGGAAUCUCGAACGAGGAAGAGAGUGCCGGUGAAGGUAGAGACAGGAACCGGUGGUCUGAAUGAUGUGGACAUCAGCUGGAUCCCCCAGGAGACCCUCAAUGCCAUGAACAAAGCCUCCCCGAAAGCUUCACCCAGGAAGCGCACCAAGAGAGCAGCCGGCACUGACCAGUAAACCUCCCAAUGUGACCAUCCCCAACUGUGAGGUCAGAGCAGCGCUCAGGGCCCACCUCAGCUCAACACCACCGCCCAACGCUACCUGCCCAAGAACUCUGAAAUCUGCCCCAGCUCUGAAAGCCUAACAGUUCGCCACAGAAGGUUCCAGAACAAAAAGCUGUGGUGUCUGUGACAUUCGCUCAUGCCUCCUGGGGGGUGAAAUGCCACUAAUGUUGGACACUGGUAGCCAUGAAUAAUGAUAAUUUUUUUUUCAGCAAGAAUUCAUGAUUGUUUUUAUUUAGUUAUGUCUUCAGGAAACACAGGCUUGAUAAAUUAGGUAUGUUUGAUUGAGCAUUUAAUUGGUACAGUAUGUCCAAGUCAAACAGACCCAUGUUUUAAUCACUUUUCAUGUUUUUCUUUACCGUCUGGUCAGAGACUAUUAUGCUGCCAAAUGGGGAAAAUUGAAGUUAUUUGAUUUUUAAAAUAUUGGCAGAGGUUUUUUUUGUAAUGUUUGGUACUAGUAAGUAAAGUACUAGUAACCCUACCAAAGCAGGGGGGUCUCUUUUAGAUUGUUUGUAAAAUUUUCUAAUUUUUAUAAUUUUGAUUGACAUGCAGGUAAUUUAUGUGGUACUUCCCAUGGUAAGAAUAGCAGGGAUGAACAAAAUUUUGACCUAAAAGGCCUGUUGAUAUGUAUGCUGUUUUGACUGACCAUUCUGAGUUAAGGCUGAAACGCAUGCUUUUGAUCUGGAGCAGAGCCAUAGACUUAUGAAAGACACUUACUCCAAAGGCAGCUCUCUCUCUCUCACUCUCUCACACACACACACACACGCACACACACACUAUUUCACUUACAUGCAUCAUCACACGUAUUUAAUUUAGGAGGUUACAUCUCCAUUCAUUCUGUGCUUGUGCCCUUCAGAAUGGAACUUUCCAGAAUCCCGAUGACAGAAGUGCAUGCACCUAAUGCCUUUCGAUGCACCAAAAGCAACAGAUGGCAGCAUGUAGCGGAGAGACACUUGACUAUCAGAGGGCACUGAUUUGCAAAGGGGGCAGUGUUUUGCUUUCUUUAUUCUGAGGCAUUCUGGUAUGGGCAAAAGAAUGAAUGCAUAAUUGUAACACUAACGGUUGGAUGUCGGUGGCUGGCAUACCUUCACUUGUGACUGGAGUGAAAUGAUUCGGUGCCAGUUAUUUUUUUCCCUGAAAGGCCCUUUCAACAUUGCAGUGAUGUUGCCAGAAACAUUAAACAAUUACAGUCUGGGCUAAA